AUGAAAUACGUCUUUGUAUGAAGUGAGAACGGUUAUUAUGAUCUUACUCUUAAAACAACCCUACAAAGAUGAAAACAAAGGAUUCACUGUGGGAUCAGCUGAAAACACUACUUGGCAUUUGAUGCAGCCGAAGCUUAUCUCUAUGACUCUUCUUUAGAGGAUACACUGUUUUAAACUGAGCUUCGUUUUUAUGGCAGAAUACUGCCGGGCAGCAGCGAUCUAAUCUAUAAUCUCACAAUCAGAGAGUGGUGAAGCAGUUUUUUGGAUGCUCAGUCACAGAUUCCAGUUGUUUGACACAACAGAUGGGCAUCAGCCUUUAUCAGACAUGGUGUGAAUCAGGGCAGCAGGAGUUUGUUCAGAGCUCAGCUUUUAGACAGUGUCACAUUCUGUGCGAACUAGAUUUAGAGAGUAGGACGGACAAGGAGAGCACAUGCAUCCCAAUACUUUAGAGGUUCCUUGGUGCUUCAAUGGUCAGAGGAAUGAUGAUGAGGCAGUGGUGGAUCGGGGAGGAACGCGGUCCCAGCAGAAAGCCAACUUUGAGCAAGAAGAUUUUGAAGGUCACAGGACUCUUUAUAUUGGGGUCCAUGUGCCUUUAGGCAGUACCAGGAAUCGUAGCCAUCACAGGCAUCGUCACCAUGGAAAAAAACAAUGGAGGAGGAGCAGAGAGAGAGCACUUCCCUUGGUGGAGGGAAGAGAGUCUCCAAAUUAUGACACUCCCUCCCAGCGGGUUCAGUUCCUGCUGGGGGCAGAAGAUGAUGAUGAGGAACACAUCCCCCAUGACCUCUUCACGGAGAUGGAUGAGAUCUGUCUGAGGGAUGGAGAGGACUCGGAGUGGAGGGAAAGUGCCAGGUGGCUGAAGUUUGAGGAGGAUGUAGAGGACGGGGGAGAGCGAUGGAGCAAACCCUAUGUAGCCACGCUGUCUCUCCACAGUCUGUUUGAACUGCGUAGCUGCAUCAUUAAUGGCACUGUGCUGCUUGACAUGAGGGCGAAUAGCAUUGAAGAGAUUUCAGAAAUGGUCUUAGAUCACCAAGAGCUAUACUCACCACUGGGAGAUGACCUCAGAAAGAAGGUGCGUGAAACUCUCUUGAAGCAACACCAUCACCAGAACCAGAAGAAGCUGGCUAACCGCCUGCCGAUUGUACGCUCAAUUGCCGACAUGGGCCGACGGGCGUCAGAGCUCCAUCUGGACAAGAAUGGUCAGCUGACGGCAUCUCAGUCUCAAUUAGCGGGUCCUGAUGGCAAAGGGGACAUCAGCAGAGAGAACAGUGCUGUGGACUUUAGCAAGAUAGAUCUUCAUUUCAUGAAAAAGAUCCCACCGGGCGCGGAGGCCUGUAAUGUGCUGGUGGGAGAGCUCGAGUUUCUGAACAAGCCUGUCGUGGCAUUUGUUCGCCUUUCCCCUGCAGUCCUGCUAAAUGGAUUGGCUGAAGUCCCAAUUGCCACAAGGUUUCUAUUUAUUCUGCUGGGGCCUUUGGGUAGGGGAGCUCAGUAUCAUGAGAUUGGGAGGUCCAUAGCAACUCUUAUGACAGAUGAGGUUUUCCAUGAUGUUGCCUACAAAGCUAAAGACCGGAAUGACCUUAUUGCUGGGAUUGAUGAAUUCCUUGAUCAAGUGACUGUCCUGCCUCCAGGAGAAUGGGAUCCAUCAAUACGCAUAGAGCCACCAAAAAAUGUACCUUCUCAGGAAAAGAGAAAGAAAAGCAACCUUUUACCUAAUGGCUUAGUGGAGGGUGAGGAGGAGGAUGAAGACAGUGGCCAUGGUGGUCCAGAACUGCAGCGUACUGGAAGAUGGUUUGGUGGCCUUAUUCUGGACAUCAAGCGCAAGGCCCCCCACUACCUGUCAGAUUACUCUGAUGCUAUUAGCUUGCAGUGUGUUGCCUCUUUCUUGUUCCUUUACUGUGCCUGCAUGUCCCCUGUCAUCACCUUUGGAGGACUGCUGGGCGAGGCAACAGAGGGAAGAAUAAGUGCAAUUGAGUCACUGUUUGGCGCGUCACUAACAGGAAUAGCCUAUUCGCUGUUUGCUGGGCAGCCCCUCACCAUUUUGGGAAGCACGGGCCCUGUGCUGGUGUUUGAAAAGAUACUUUUUAAAUUCUGCAAGGAGUAUGGUUUGUCCUAUCUGUCACUCAGAACCUGCAUUGGCCUGUGGACAGCUUUUCUCUGUAUUCUGCUGGUGGCCACAGAUGCCAGUUCCCUGGUUUGUUACAUCACCCGUUUCACAGAGGAAGCGUUUGCCUCGCUCAUCUGCAUCAUCUUUAUUUAUGAAGCCUUGGAGAAACUUUUGCACCUGGGGGAACUAUAUCCCUUUAACAAGAAUAACAACUUGGACAAGCUCACCACAUAUUCAUGUGCUUGUGUUGAGCCUUCGGAUCCCACUAAUGGCACUGUAAAGUUCUGGGAAGUCAACAACAUAACUGCCUCUGAAAUUUACUGGGAAGCUCUGGAGGUGAAGGAUUGCAUUGAAAAGAGAGGGGAGUUUGUGGGGACUGCUUGUGGUCCUCAUGGACCCUACGUUCCAGAUGUGCUCUUCUGGUGUGUCAUUCUCUUCUUUUCUACUGUUGUCAUGUCUGCCUUUCUCAAGGAGUUCAAGUUCAGCAAUUACUUCCCCACAAAGGUGCGGUCUAUUAUCAGUGAUUUUGCUGUGUUCAUCACUAUUCUCACCAUGGUCUUGGUUGAUUAUGCUCUAGGGAUCCCCUCCCCCAAACUGAAGGUGCCUAAUGUGUUCAAGCCAACCAGAGAUGAUCGAGGUUGGCUCAUCAACCCAUUGGGGCCCAACCCCUGGUGGACAGCAGUAAUAACUGUUAUACCAGCUAUACUUUGCACAAUCCUAAUCUUCAUGGACCAGCAGAUAACUGCUGUCAUCAUCAACAGGAAGGAAAACAAACUCAAGAAAGGUUGUGGAUACCAUCUAGACUUGUUGAUGGUUGGGAUAAUGCUGGGUGUGUGCUCUGUGAUGGGACUGCCAUGGUUUGUAGCAGCCACCGUCCUCUCCAUCACACACGUUAACAGUCUGAAACUGGAGUCAGAAUGUUCAGCUCCUGGGGAGCAGCCGAAAUUCCUCGGCAUCCGGGAGCAACGCGUUACAGGCCUCAUGAUCUUCAUGCUCAUGGGCAGCUCUGUCUUUAUGACGUCAGUUUUAAAGUUUAUUCCUAUGCCGGUGUUGUAUGGAGUUUUUCUUUACAUGGGGGCAUCUUCUCUAAGAGGCAUUCAGUUCUUUGAUCGCCUCACGUUGUUUGGUAUGCCAGGAAAGCAUCAGCCAGACUUCAUCUACUUGCGACAUGUACCUCUGAGGAAGGUGCACCUCUUUACCAUAAUUCAACUCAGCUGUCUCAUUCUUCUGUGGGUUAUCAAGACCUCCAGGGCUGCCAUUGUCUUUCCUAUGAUGGUCUUGGCUCUGGUUUUCAUUAGGAAGUUGAUGGACUGUAUCUUCACCAAGCGAGAGCUGAGCUGGCUGGAUGAUCUCAUGCCAGAAAGCAAGAAGAAAAAGCUUGAGGAUGCUGAGGAGGAAGAAGAGCAGAGUAUUCUAGCAGAAGAUGAAGGUGUUGUGCAAGUGCCAUUGGGGGGAUAUAAAGGAAUACCCAUCAUCAACAUCACAGAUGAGAUGUCAAAAGGCUCGUUUGGAAAUACCUGGAAUGCCAACGACUGAAGAAAAUAAAGCAUCUAUGAAGGUUUUCAAAAUAAUUAGGCUGUACGUUUUUACAGAAAUUUUGGCUAAGGCAGCAAAUUAGUUUUCAACGAAAGAAUGAAAACAAUGUUCAGAUUGAUUAUUUAGCUGCGAGGAAAUUGCAUGACUGGAGUUAGGGCACAGGUGGCGUUCCAUCAAAGUAUCACUCUAGAAUUCAUCGAGCUCCUAAGACUGACCCAUUCUUUCAUAAAAUUAUAGAAGCAGUCUGCAUGCCAAGGUGAUGGAGUGUACACACUUGUGGCCUUGGAAGGGAUUGAACACCUGAAUUUAAGGACUUUUGACAUAAAUAUGUAUUUUGCAAUUACACUUAUGCUUUGUUAACUUUGUUGUUGAACUUCAGUAUCAUAAACAUGAAGAUAUAAAAACGCUUUUUCAUGAGAUUGCAAAAAACAAAACAAAAAGAAAAUGCCAAAAGGUG